AGAGAUGCCAAUUAUCAAAUGCCGUAAACUAAUUAAUCAAAGAGAAGGGCAAGAGAACUCAUAGCAAGUAUACCCGGCAGUCCACUACAGAACGUUAGGUUGGAAUAGCAGUUUUGACGUAUAAGUAGUAGAACUAGGUGUUCUUACCAUAAGGAAAAGUUGGUCAAGGUACAAAAAGAGAAGAAAGGAGUGGCAAUCAAAAGAAAUGGAGAAGGAAACAGCAGGGGCAAAGAGGAAGGUAAUGAGCUCAAUAAAGAAGCCAUGUAUUCCGCCAUCACCUCCGCCGCCACCGCCGCCUCGGCCGAGUACACCAUGGGCGACACCCAGGCCAAGAAAGGCAGCAGCCAUGGUCAAGAGUGUGACAAGGGAUGAGAUUGAUAUGUUCUGGAGGAGGAAGAGGAUGGAAGAGGAGGAUCACCUACUUGCAGCUCAGAAGGCGGCCGCCCGGAUCCGAGCUAAAGCCCUCAAGGAGGAAGAUUACAAGCGAUUUGAGGAAUCUCUGAGGGAGGCAACAAUGGACUGCGAUGAGAAGGGAGAUGGAGGAAAGGAGGCGAGCGGUGGAGAUAACAAGGAGGAGCUACGAAUGGGAAUCAAGGAUUGGUGGACGAAAAGUAAAUAUGCUUAUCUGAACCAACCAGCCAUUAAAUCCAUGGCGGAGAGUGCAGCACUGAAGCAUGCCACUUCCACCUACAUUCCACAAAAGAAUUGCUUUUGCUACUUUUCUCCUGCUGCACACCAAGUCUACCCCACCUCAUCAUUUCACGUUUUCUAAGUGACCAAUGUGAGGCAUGGAAUUGUAAUUAAUCGCAUGAUGCACCUUUAUGUAUCCAUUUGAACAUCAAAGCAGCAUCACUCUUUGUCAUAUUUUUUUCACCAAGUUGUAGUCGAAUUGUGUUUCCAUGUUAUGAUAAAUUAUUACAUCGUUAGA